AUGGACACACUCAUCUGGGACCCAAUCGUUGUGGCCUGUCUAGUCCUUGUCGCCGGCCUAAUCUCCGGACUUACCGUUGGUAUACUUGGACUCGACCACAUCGAACUAAAACUCAGAGAGCAAGAAGGCGACCUAAAGAUCUCACGUGUGAUUCAUAUGUUGAAGCGCAAACACUUGAUCCUUGUAUCAUUACUGAUCGUCAACACGGUAUGUCAGGAGACAUUGCCACUGUUACUUAACGAGAUGAUGCCUGAGUGGGCUUCGGUAGUGUUCUCAGUAACGUGCGUUUUGUUAUUCGGUGAAAUCAUUCCACAAGCCGUUUGCUCCGGUUCCUAUCGAAUGUCUAUUGUGCGAUUUUGUACACCGUUGGUCAGGGUAAUCAGUUGGAUUGUGUUCCCUCUGGCGUACCCCAUCGCUAAGCUUCUGGAUUGGAUGUUAGGAGCACACACGGAGAAGUAUUACGGCCGAAACGACCUCAAAGCGGUUAUCCGCAUCCACCAGAAACCCAGCAGCGUCGACCUUAAUAAACUUAAUGAAGGCGGGGGCACGGAGUCCAUGGACCGCCGUGGAGAUGAAGGGUUGUUAUCUGACGAAGUCAUCAUCAUCGAAGGCGCACUGGACAUGGCUAAAAAGACCGUGGAAACCAUCAUGGUCAAAAUUGCCGACGUGUACGCCUUGGAAGAAAAGGCGCGUCUAACAAUGGAAUUGAGGAAAUCGAUUGUCGAGGCCGGGCAUAGCCGUAUACCAGUCUACCGGGAGCAGAUUUCGAACAUUGUGGGAAUGGUCUACAUCAAGAACUUAAUCACCGUCUCAGACUCCACCUCACCACCCGUCGGCCAGCUAAUUGACCUCGACCGAUUCCCUAUCUUCAUUCGGCCAGACCAUAAUUUAUACGACCUAAUGAACACUUUGCAAACUGGAAAACACAUCGCUCUCGUUACCGACAAUCCGGAGGCCCAACUCCGUGCCUGGGAAGCGGAACAAAAGAGAGUCAGGGCACACAUCGAUGUCCCCAACGCUAACGCCCCCACGACUGUCAAUGAUGCCACAAGAGACAGUGAUACGAGGAGGGACAAUGAUGCCACAAGGGCCAAUGACGUCCCAGGGGGCGCCGAAAAUCAGAGUGCUGCCUCUGCCUCUGAGUACAUACAGGACGGCAAUAUCGCGUCAGAAGGAGUUGAGUUUGGCGAAAUUGCUGAACAGGUGCAUCACGCAAAGUACCCCGUUUCCCACAAUAUUCUGGGACUGGUCACGAUCGAAGAUGUGCUGGAGGAGCUGAUUCAGGAAGAAAUUUAUGACGAGUUCGAUAAACCUGUUCCCGCUUUGAUGGCUAUGAAGAAGUCCAUACGUGCGUCGAACGAUGUCAGCGCUGGAGGCAUCUUGGACCAGCUUGAACAAGGCUUAGAGAAGAAUGCCGCCGUCCAGAUCAGCACUACCGAGAAACCCGGGCCUAGGGCCGGCUCUGGCAAAACGAAAAUUUCUGUCAUCAAAGUGUCGCCUACCCGGCGAUGA